GUGGGGACAGUUUCCGAGACAUGCUCUUACUGAGAAUCAUAGUUCAUUUAAAAGUCGGACGUCUUCCAAAUAAGUGGUUUUUAAAAUACAGAGUGCUCAAAUACUGUAAAGCAACGAACUCGUGUAAUUAAACGUCUUAAUACACAUUCCGUUGAAAGAAUUUAAUUUAUUGUUGUGUUAUAAGAUUAGAACAAUUCAAGUUAUUGAUAUUUUAGUGCGGUUUUUUAAAAGUUUUUUUUCUUUGGCUAUCUACCCUAUCGGGACACGUGCUACUUUUUUAAAAGUUAUACGUUUUUUUUAAAAAAGUGAUUUUGAAGUAAAUGCAAAGCCUGUUAAAUUACUGAGCAACUAAAAAAUAAAUUUUUGACUAAGUGAUAACUCUAUCGUCCAUACUUGAUAAAGAAAAUUCCUUGUUCGGAAUUUGUUUUUAUUUCGGUCCAAAAACUAUCAAAACGAUAUUGAUCGAAAUCUCAUCAAUUACAAGAGGCCACUUAACGUCUGCAAUUUUCGAAAGUGAUACUAAAAAGUGUAAAAAAUUAUUGAAAUCAACUAAAGUGUUACAACUUCCCAUUGUACGUGGUGAAUAUAAUAUUCUCAAAAUCGCGGUGAGGCGCAAACGUGUAAAGGGGGCUGAGUUAUUGGCUAAAAAUUGCAUUAAAAUGAGUCAUAACAAAUUGGAUCGUUCUUCGAAGACUCUGCUCCACGAUGCUGUUCGAUUGGGACAGCGUAAAGUUGUUAGAAAACUUGUGAGUAAAGGUGCUAAUGUAAAUGCAAGGAUUAGAAAUGGGAUGACUCCUCUUCACGUUGCAACUAAACAUGGAUAUCUCAAGAUUAUGGAUUAUCUUCUACGUAAUGGUGCAGAUGUGAAUGCAAGAUGUACAGGACCUCGGUAUGUUGGAUUUACGCCCCUACAUUUCGCUUGCCAAUCAGAAAAUCUUAAAUCCGUGAAAUUAUUACUAAAACAUAAUGCUUCUGUUAUUCCAACAAACGAUGAUGUUCAUCCGAUUCAUAUUUCGGUUGGUUGUCUUAAUAUCAAAAUUACUCAAUUGUUAUUGGACUAUGGCGCAAGUAUGGCUGUUAAUAAACGAUUUCAUUUAGAUCAUUUUCGAAUCGAAGGUUGUAUGAUUGGCGGUUCUCGACGAUAUAGGGAUGAAGAAGAACCUAGAUGGCGAUAUAACGAUGAAGAUUUAACUUUAUUACACCACACAGUUAUUCGUAAUUCUAUACCUAUGGCAAAAUUAUUAUUGCAAUAUGGAGCAGAUGUAAAUAUUUUAAGCAAUACUGGUCUAUCUCCAUUGUCAGAUGCUGUGUUAGACCAUAAUAUUCCAAUGGUUAAGCUCUUAUUGAACAACGGAGCUCUUGUAAGCUACGAUUCUGAUGACCGGAAAGUGCUAGUAAUAAGACAACUUUUCCAAAAACGAAACAGUCCAAUAAGUAUACAGUAUUGUAAGUCACAGUAUAGUUUAGCCGAUAAAAAAUUAGAAAUCAUCAAACUACUAAUUGAUGCAGGAGCUAGCAGCAAGGUAUCAAAUAGUAGCAUAAGUUUUCUCUUUACCUGUAUUUGGCACGGGUAUAGAGAAAUAGUCAACUAUCUUCUGUAUCGCACCGAUUUCAAUUUCUUUCAUUUAAAAGACUUUUCGGUCCGCGCUGCUAUUUUCAGUGAAAACCGUAUGAUAUAUACAACUCCAGAGAUUGCCACUGACACAGAGUAUAUAACAAAGCGCAAGCUCGAAUGUAAAGAACUUGUUUACGACUUGCUAGCUGAAAAAUAUUCGAGAGAUUUUAUAGGUUUACCUGUGAGACGAGACUGGAUGAGUUAUCAACACUUGACUAAAAGUUCACCUAAUCUUCAAGUCACAGAAAAAGAACAUGAAGAUAGAAUUAAACAAAUAAAAAAAAAAGUUCAAGGAGUUGUGGAUGAAUUGAAACGUGAGAAAAUUGGUGAUAGUAAUAUUACUUUUUAUCAUAUUCUCACGGUGGAUUCGGACAAAUUAAUAAAGUUUGGAUUAAAUGAAGAUCUUAGAGCGUUACGUAUAGAUGAUUACAAAGAAAAAUAUUUUAUAUACUUUCCUAUUCUAAACCUUAGGAUACGAUAUGCCAUUAACAACAGCUUAUUACUGGAAAAACAUAAUAAGUUUGUUUAUUGUUUAUUCAAAAAUGUACUACCAUAUGAGUGUUGCGAAAAAAUUGUUACUUAUUUAGAUAAUGAUAAAUUUGCUAGACCUGAAUUAAUUUUACAUAUCGCAUUACUAAUUCCAAGAGAACAUAAUUUCUUACAACCUUUCGGUUUCACGAAUCUCCUUAAAACUAAAAAGGAGAUUCCUGGGUUGCCAAUCGUUUUGUAG